CAGCGGUCACCAAGCACACAGGCAGGUGGUCUGCUCAGUGCGUUCAUUCGUUUAUUUAACGAUAUUGACACAGAAAACAGAAUAAUAUUAAGCGGUAGGUACUUUGCAUUGCAAAAAGAAGGGAAGAAGAAAUAAAUUAAGUAGCCUACAAUAAAUUUUGGCAUGAAGUGUGCGCACAUUUUUCACGCCUCCGUCAUUUGAUUAAAGUAAACUAAGAAAACUGUGGAGCUCCUUUCGGCUGCUGAAUUGUGAACCAUGAUCCUCCUGACCCCUUCCUCUGAUGCAUUCGCCUGGCUUUGGAAUCAAAGGAAGUUCAGGGAGAAAAUCUCGUGAAGGGUUGCUACUGCAACAAUAAAAAAAAAUAUUUAAAAAAUGCAGGUCAAUAUCUGUGCAUACUCUCUUGGAUCAGCACCAUGACUUGAGAGAUUACUGUUAGCUUAGAAGAGAGGAAAUUGAGAAAACAGAGUAUUCUUUUACUUGAUUUAUGUAAAAAAAAAAAAAAAAGAAUAGCAUAUGCAUAAUAUUUGUGAUGGUCAUUUUUUGUCUGGAAUCAGCCAGUCUCAGCAAAUUUGUAUCUUACUGACAAUAAUUGUAAAUGGCGAAUCGUAAAUAUACAUACUGAAAAUUAAUAGCUGUAUGCAUCAUUGCUCGUUAACUAAAGAUAAAACUCUGUGGAAAAAAGUUUUCAAUUCCUCUGGCUUUCAUACUUUUUGUAUGCUAUCACAUGCUAACAGUGCCAGUGUUAUCAGGGAAAAUGUAGUCAAAGAAUAUUAAUCAAUUUUUUUUAAAUCAAAACUUUAUCUUUAUAGUUGUGCUUGUAGCUUAUGGUAUGUACAUUUAUUUCAAUAUAUGUAUGUACCAUAAUUAUGUUUCAAAAGGUAAUGCUAUAUAUACCUUAUGAAAUUUAGAUUUAUUUACCUUAUGUGAUAAAUUUGACAAUUUAUCAAUUAAGAAAAAGGAUAUAUGGAGAAAUGUUCUGUAAAUACAGUAACUUGGAGACAUAAAAGUAAUGACAUGAAAUAAAUGGAUUAUUCAUUUAAUUUCUAAGUCAGUCAAAGUUUUUUGCUGCCAAAGAGUGUAAUGAAGAAGGAAACGUCACAGUAAAACAACAUAUCUUCUUGUCCAUGAAACUGUUUGUUCACAAAUAACACCUGCAAGCUGUUCAGUCCAGUUAAGCAUCACCCAGUGCAGUGGCAUAAACAAUGUUGUUUUGUAUUCCCUCAGCCUUGGAUUGUUCAAUCCCUCUAACCUACAAGCUUAAUAAUCCUGCGAAAAAAUGUUUUAAGAAGACAGUCAGUGUUUAAGGCUGACAAGAGGGUUGUCCACCUCAUUUUUAUGUUGUUCACUCACCAUGUGUCGAGGAUUUUUGGAGAAAGUAAUAGUGCUCACUCAGUCUAUUUCUGUACUCCCAAUAAGCAGCCACACAGCCAUUAGAAAUAUUCUAGUUAAAAUGCUUUUUCUCUUUACAAAAAUGUUUUCUAUUUACAAUAUGCAUUUCUACAUUCAAUGCCAUCAUUGAUAUAUCGUAGCACCCUUCCUAUCUUAGAGACACAUGGCUCCAAAGACUUAUUUUGUGUGAAAAUGACAUAUAAAAAUCUGCUGUUUGCUUUGAGAACAAAUAAAAUAUGGACUGUGACCUAGGAAUGUAACAUUUUUAGGGGUUUUUUGAGUUCCUGCAUUAAUAUGUGUUUCAAUUUGCUUUUGACUAAAGAUAAAAUGUAACAAACUGAAAUGUUCAGUUCAACAAUCUCUAGAGUAACAUGUGAAAAGCAGUUCAAGUUUUAACUUCAAUCAAAAAUGCUAAGAAUUUCUCAAAUAGAUGAGAGUUUUUUGGCCUUCAAAGUUGCUGUCUGAGAAAGUUCACAAAGCUACACAAAUCAAUUGUUAGAAACAGUUUAAAAGGACCUAAUAAUAAACAACCUAAUAAUAAACAUUUUUUACAGUAAGUGGCCCAAAAUCGAGGAGUCCUGCUUCGUACUACAGCAAAAAGUGGCACAAAUUAAUAUUAGGUUCACUGCAUUCUGUCUGUACUGCCAGUGUAGCUUAAAUCCAAACAUAAAACACAACUAGAUGUUAGAUUUUCAGCACAAAAGUAGAAUACCUCAGAUGGAGUUGAAUCCUUUUUCCACAGUCCUGUGUUUACCUACCCUACUGUCACUCCCUCCAUUAAUAGUCCACACAUCAGCUAUUAAUUGAUCUAAACAAUCAGUCAGCUAUUUGAACCCUGCUGCCACAUCCUUUUGCUAGGUCAGUGUUAACAGGCUAAUCGAUCUCAUGUUGUGUAUAUGUCAGUUUAGUAGGUCCAGCUCUCUGUCGUCAGAUGUGUGCACAGUAACACCCCACACAUUGUUAGUAUGUCUCCCACACCAGCAUUUGGUCCCCGAUAUAUUAAUUUGUAAAUGCUGACCAGUAACAUGUACUUAUACUUCCCUUUCUACAAAUUAGAACAUGUUCUUGCAUGCCAUUGUGUUUGAAAAAAAAAAAAUCUUCUAACACAUGCUGAGAUUGCACCAAAGAUUGGAUGUGCAAUCUUUGGUGCACAUCCAAUACCAAAGAUUGGUGCUGGAUGUGCAAAUUGAACUGCGUGAUUUUAUGGUAACACGUGUUUUUGAACUGAAAACGGAUGAAUGUAUCAUAAGGUCGAUGUCCGUCCAAUAAACAAACAGCUUGGUAAGUCAUACUUCUUUUACAUCAGACGGGGUCAUCAGUUUGGGAGUAAUGUUUUUUUCCCUAUUAACUGGUGUGUAAUAUUCUUAUAUUGUAAUGGGUACUGAAGUAUUUACAGCACCUAACCCUCUCUAAGGUUUGAUUCAGACUCAGAUAAAAUCAGUAAUCUAUUCCCACUGAGAAGGUCGGCUGGUGUGCUCAUCUGAUCAAAGUGGGGUGUUGUUGAUUCAACAAGAACUGCUACUAACUGCUGCUGUUGUUUGCUCUCAGAUUUCUUCCAGUAUGCCAACAAGCUCCUCCUGAGCGAUCAUGCUACAAGGCUCCAAAUCAAGGAGUUUGCACGGAAAAAUGCUGCUAAUGCUCUAUCUAUGGCCAACAUGAUCAUGGGCAUGGCCUCUAUCCUCAGCAGCCUGAACGGGCACCAUCAUGCGGCGUGUUGGCUGGUUCUGAUUGGGUACCUGCUAGAUUUGGCAGAUGGAGCGGUUGCCAGGCGACUCAAUGCCUGCUCGGCACUGGGUGCAAAGCUGGAUGAUUUUGCUGACUUCACCACUUUUGGGAUCGCCACAUCUCUGCUGCUGAGGACUUCCGACUUGCUGGACAACGUCCUGUGCAUGUGCUAUGUGCUGUCUGUGUUUGUCCGUCUCUGUUUCUUCUCAAGCGGUAUUCCAUUUGUGUAUCGCGGACUCCCCUGUAUCUACUCAUCAGCCAUCCUAGCCAGUGCCUCUUUGCUGUCAGGAGGAAACCUGAGUGUGCUGCGGGUCCUCGCAGUGGCCAUGAUCCUAUUUAUGAUCAGUCAGAACUUCUAUCCCCACGACAAAAUCCUGGAGUCUCAAACUUGGAAGAAAGUAGUGUACGCUGGAGGAGUUGCGAUGGUGUUCUGUUCUCCCUUCCCCCCUGCGUGCGUGUACUACCUGCUCUGGUCCUGCUCCUAUAUUUUGUUCCCCACAUCACUUUGGAGCUGCAAACUGUAAAGUGAAACACAGGUUUACAGACUGCUAUUGCUGCUGCUCCUUGUUGCCAUCGGAGUAUCCAAGAUGGAAAAAAAAAACACCUGUUAAUUCAUGGGAAACAGUCUCUUUAUUACACCUUUUAUUUUGAUGUGACACCUGACUGAGAGGACUUAGAAAAAAGAAACGAGAAUGGGUUGUUUUUCAGUGUUAUUGGUGAAAAUUAACAUGUAUUCUGUCUUCUUUGUUGUAUUAACAACAAUCAACCAAUAUGUGGCAGGCUCUGAAAACAGAAUAGUCAUCAGGUUUGCAUCCUUGUUUUAUCUUCUUUCAUCAGUAUUAUUUAUCAGCAGUGUUGAGAACAUGUAGCAGCAGGGGAACAUCACAUUCUUCUAAGGAUGAUAGAAAAAGAAAACUUUCUAUAGGACAAAAAUAACACAUUAUCUUUCCUUUAUGUUAACUAGUUUUAUGUGUUUUUACAUCACAAAUAGUUCAAAAGGUUUCUCUAAAGAAGAGAACCUGUGACAGCAGAUUUCUGCUGCAUUUAUUUAUACAUAUGUGACUGGGAAUUUUUUGCAAGUCUGACUUCUUCCAUUCUAAAGGGAUCAUAAAUGUAUGGUAGUUCAAAAGAACUGAUUUAACAUACUGGUUCUGUUAUUCAUAAUAUUUUAUUUGCUGUUUGUACACAUCCAUUUGUUGUCAUAACUCUCACAUUUACAUAUUGCAAACAUUUCUUUACCUACAAACUUUCUACUUUUUCUUAGGUCUAUGAAAUGCUAUGUCAGCUCCUGCUAUUCCUUCCGUAUCUGCCUCUGUUUUAGGAGGCAUCAUAACAACACUCCAUCAUUCAUAUAUCUUUCUCUGAUAAAUCACUGAUUUCACUUUGAGAGCUUUUGGUCAAUUUUCAGUUGUAAAUUAAUUCCACUUGGUGUUGAUUUACCGCUUUGAAUUACAUUACAGGGUACGUUAAAAACGGUUUCUGCUGCCAUCUAGUGGACAUGGCACAAUAUUUCACCUUUGCAGAAACAGGUGAAAAUUAUUGCCAGUCUGCUUUAUGAGGUGGACUACUUCUUUAGUUUCAAAGUGUGUUUUUUGCCUUUGCACUGUGAGAAGGAAAUUGAGAAAAUAUAUUGUUUGUCCAAAAGCCUAAAAUCUAAGCAAAGUGUAACUGGGUGAAAUGUGUCUGUUCUGAGACCUGAAGGAUCUAUUUUUCUUUUAGCUUCCUUAUUCAAAUUACCUAGCUCAUCUUUAAGCCAUGAAUUGUAAUUUGUUCGGUUUCUGAAGUAGAUUAAUUUACAAAGGAAUGGCUCUAAUGUGGAGAAUCCUGGCUAAUUUAAAAUAUUAAUUUCAACUUACUGAUAACCAGCGUUUAAAGAAAGUCUCCAAAAACGACAUAAAGACUUACUGCAGUACAUUUGGUUGUGCAUACGGUUUUCCAGUGUGGAUGUUUUUGGUUUUCAGAAAGUAAAAGGCACUCUAAUGUACAACAUAGCGGAAGGAAAAACAGUAUAUUUUGAGAAAGAAAUCUUUUAGUGAAAUGGGAUAUGUGCAUUUGAGGUUGUAUAUUUGAAAAUAAAAAAUGAGAAUGAAAUUACUUUGUGUCAUCAUGUGUAGUCAUUAUCAUUUCAGUGAAUAACAUCUUGAGCUUGAAUAUUAAGUUCAACAUUUUUAAUUACCUGGAGAUGAAUUCAAAAAGUGCCUGCUGGGAUAUGUCUUGUUGUGUUAAUCCUAUUAAAUUCAGUGUCUUUUAAUUUUUUGACAGCAGCGCUGGUUCUCUUGUACCUUUGUUGAUUAUACAUAUUUGUUCAUUUAAAACCAAACAGUUUUGAUAGAUAAUGACACACCAAAUUAACAUUUGUUAAUAAAAUAUAUCAAAAACAAACCUAUGAAUAAAAAAAGUCAAAUUUUCAACAUUAUUUCCAAAACACCAUAAAAUGAACUCCUGACAAAGCUCCAAAAAUACAUUCUUUGAAGUCAAAUAU